AUGAAGCAGCUCUCUGUUCUUGCUAUCUUGGCGCUGGCGGUUUCUCACUUCUUUAUCACAGGUGAAUGUCAACAAAAUGUGUGCAAGGUGUUAAUGCUGGGAUCAAUAAGUGGGUGCCCAGAUGCGAAUAAAUGUGAAAAAAGGGUGGACCCGUGUAAGGACGUUGUGGCUGGGGCCUUAUCUUGCGAGUGCGUGAUAAUGGAUACAAUUUGCCAGUGCCAAGUCCCUGUGAAGGGCGAUGACUGUAAUGUUCUUAAACGAUGCAUCCAAGAUCACCAGGAUGAUCUGCUCUUUACCAUCAAGAAAAACACAUGUUGGAUUUGUAACACAUCAACUCAAGCCGGUGGGGAAGCCAUAUUCACGGCAGAAUGUAGUCACGAAUUUCACUAUGCUUGUAUUACUUCCUAUGGAGGCGGCCAAUGUCCUGCUUGCGGUCAAUAUUGGUCUUGCAGUCCAACUACUCCUCCCACUUGGCUCCCUCUUCCGCACAUUCCCUAUCCGCCUGUACAUUUUGAUCAUGAGCCAUCUGCGUUCAAUGAUGAUGAGCCCCUUGAUCAAAACACAAACUCAUCAUCAUCAAACACGCUUUACAUUUCUCCUCCUCAAGAAAAGAAUAAGCGGAAGUUGAAAACGUGCACGGAAGUUCCAGCCGUCGCGCAAUCCAGCGCUCCUGAUAACUUCACCGUACUGAUUAACCUCAAAGCUCCAUCUGCCAACACUGACCAAUCAUCCCGUGGUACCCGUCGACCUGGUCACGGUUCUCGACGUGAGUGGCAGCAUGGCCGGAUGUCUGAAUCAGGGAGAAGGCAAGCAUUGGAAGCUGUGAAGCGUUUAAGGAUUGAAGGAGGGACAAACAUAGCUGAAGGACUGCGUACGGGAGCUAAGUGCAUUGGUGGCCUCCUGAGUGUUGUGGCCAAGGAAGUUCAGGUGAACAUUGAGUGUGUUGAUCCAAGAGUUAGUCUGACUUCUUUGAAAAAGGGAAGCUAUGUGAAUCAAUUAACUCGGGACGGCCGAAUGGGGAAUAUUGAUGCUGCUGACUUGUACGCUGAUGAGGAGAGGGAUUUUCUGGUUACGGUUAAGCUUCCAGCUGAAAAAGGUGUUGAUGAAACCGCAUUGCUGAAGGUGAGAUGCGUUUACAGUGUUCCUCUAACCAAAGAAUUGGUUACUGUAAGUAGCGAAGAAGUUAAGCUCGCAAGACCUGAAGAAGUAGGAGUUGGACAACAAGAUGUAUGUGUGGAAGUUGACAGGCAACGGAACAGGCUGCAAGUAGCGGAGGCAAUGGUGCUGGCACGAGCCGCGGCCGAGAGAGGAGACCUGAUUGGCGCCGCAUCCAUCCUUGGAAACUGCUGGAAGAAGAUGUCGGAAAGUGUGUCGGCCAAGGCCCGGGACACUCAAUGGCUCGCAAUGGACGCGGAGCUGAAGGAAAUGGAAGCGCGAGUGGCCACCAGACCAGCAUACGAGUCAUCGGGGGAAGCGUAUAUGCUGGCAGCGGCGCGCGCGCACAAAAUGCAGAGAGCCGGAUGUGGUAUCGCGUUUGGUGCCGCAGCCGAUGCGUGCUAUUCGGGAGCGAGUUACUCUAGUGGCGGCGGACGAUUUCGCGGUUCAGUCGGUGCACGGGGAAUGGGUGCAUCUAGUUCUAGCUUUAGUUUUGCAAAUGCGGCGGGUCCAAACUAUGGUCAAAUAUAUCAAACACCAGCAAUGGCUAAUAUGGUUACUCAGUCGCAGGCUGCACAAUUGGGCAGGCACAAUCCCCCUGGAUCACAGGCUCCAACACAACAGGGCAGUACUUCAACACAGAAGCCCUACAAUCCAGCUCCAAGCCAAAACCACAGGCGGCGAUAG